GAAAUAAAAUAUUUGUGUUACUUAAAGUCAGCUAAGUCAUGUACUUGUUACAUAAGCUUGUGUAAUGGAAAUUCACUGUAAUGAAAUUCAUUGUCAUAAAACUUUUCAAAGAGUUCAGCUCCCCUUUUCCCUCUCAAAGUGUAGUUGAUAUUAUGAGGGCAAAAAAAAAAUACCUCCUUGCAGAUAUUUCAAAAUGUUCUAUUAUUAAUAGUGUGUUGUUGCAUUAAUUUGCCAGAUUUCACUGUAGUCUGAUCCAAAUGUUUUGUCAGGGAAUUAAAAUAAUGAAUCAUAACUUUCUCACAUGCAUCAUGUAUUUAAUAUAUUAAGUCUUAUAUAAUAAUAAGACUGAUUACAUUACUACAUGUGUGAGGGGCACAUAGGAAUUUAGAGAGGCCCAUGUUCCUUUAAAUACAUUAGCUUAAUGAACUGUAAAGAUAAAGAUGCUCUACAGGAAAUAUGGUGGUUUUCCUUUUCCACUUACUGAUUUGAAAAUAAUUCAAGAGCUGGGGAAACUCUUUUCUCAUAGAAUUCUCUUUUUCUGCCUUAUGGAGAGGUAGCAGGUUUGGGGACUGAGGAAGAGAAACAGGGGAGAAAGCUUUGUAACCUGGGUACAUCUUCUCCAAAUGAAAUUAAUUGUAUUAUUAGACAAACUGCUUCAGCAGCUGGCAAAACAGCAGGAACACGUCGAUUCUGCUUCCUUGGUUACAGGGAGUGAUAGUACACUUGACCUUCAGAGGAGCAGGGUCACAGAGAGGGCAUUUUUAAACAAUUCUGUCUGGUUUCAGUGAUUGGAAUCUUCACUAAUGGAACUUGGAUGCAAAUGUCUGUGAAUAGAUUGUAAUUGACCUCUGUAUUCUUGUUGGAUUGUUUUGGCCUGAGAAGUUUGCUGAGGAAAAAUGUAAAUAAAGCUGCAGGAAGGAUUUGACACUGUACAGACUGUUCAGACUUCAUUAUCUGAAUCUCCAGUGAUGACCAGCCCCUCUCAACGCAUCCAAAUUAUUUCUACAGACUCUUCUGUAGCUUCACCACAGCGCAUUCAGAUUGUGACAGAUCAGCAAACAGGACAGAAAAUCCAGAUAGUGACAGCAGUGGACUCAUCAGUGUCUCCGAAGCAACAGUUUAUCUUGGCCAGUCCAGAUGGAACUGGAACAGGAAAGGUGAUAUUGGCAGCACCUGAAACCUCUAAUGCCAAGCAACUUAUCUUUACCACCACUGACAACAUUGUACCAGGCAGAAUUCAGAUUGUGACAGACUCUGCUUCAGUGGAACGUUUGUUGGGUAAAGCUGAUGUCCAGCGGCCACAAGUAGUAGAGUAUUGUGUUGUUUGUGGAGAUAAAGCAUCAGGUCGUCACUAUGGUGCUGUCAGUUGCGAGGGAUGCAAAGGUUUCUUUAAGAGGAGUGUAAGGAAGAAUUUGACCUACAGUUGUCGUAGCAACCAGGACUGUAUCAUCAAUAAACACCAUCGGAAUCGUUGCCAGUUUUGUAGGCUUAAGAAAUGCUUAGAGAUGGGCAUGAAAAUGGAAUCGGUUCAGAGUGAAAGAAAGCCUUUUGAUGUGCAACGGGAGAAACCAACCAACUGUGCAGCUUCAACUGAAAAAAUCUAUAUCAGGAAAGACCUAAGAAGCCCUCUCAUAGCAACUCCAACAUUUGUAGCAGAUAAAGAUGGGGCCCGGUCAACAGGUCUUCUUGAUCCAGGAAUGCUUGUGAAUAUUCAGCAGCCUUUGAUACGGGAUGAUGGUACAGUCCUGCUAGCUACAGACUCCAAGGCUGAGACAAGUCAGGGUGCUUUAGGAACACUGGCAAAUGUUGUAACAUCCCUUGCCAGCCUUAGUGAGUCACUUAAUAAUGGAGAUACUUCUGAAAUCCAACAAGAGGAUCAAUCUGCCAGUGAGAUCACUCGGGCAUUUGAUACUUUGGCUAAAGCACUUAAUACCACAGAUGGCACAGUAGCUCAGAACUUGGCAGAUGGGAUGGAUCCUACAGGAGGAGGGAAUAUUCAUGUAAUCAGCAGAGAUCAGUCAACACCAAUCAUUGAAGUGGAAGGACCCCUACUUACAGAUACACAUGUCACAUUUAAGCUAACAAUGCCUAGUCCAAUGCCAGAGUACCUUAAUGUACAUUACAUCUGUGAGUCAGCAUCACGACUGCUUUUCCUCUCAAUGCACUGGGCUAGAUCUAUCCCUGCUUUUCAAGCACUUGGACAGGACUGUAACACAAGCCUAGUUCGUGCCUGCUGGAAUGAGCUAUUUACCUUAGGCCUAGCACAAUGUGCACAGGUGAUGAGUCUGUCUACUAUCCUAGCAGCUAUCGUCAACCACCUUCAGAACAGCAUACAGGAAGAUAAGCUUUCCGGAGACAGAAUAAAGCAAGUCAUGGAACACAUCUGGAAACUUCAGGAGUUCUGUAACAGCAUGGCCAAGCUUGAUAUUGAUGGAUAUGAAUAUGCAUACCUUAAAGCUAUAGUCCUCUUUAGCCCUGAUCACCCUGGUCUGACGAGUUCAAGCCAAAUAGAAAAAUUCCAAGAGAAGGCACAGAUGGAGUUGCAAGACUAUGUCCAAAAAACCUAUCCGGAAGAUACUUAUAGGUUAGCCCGGAUUCUAGUUCGCCUGCCAGCACUUAGACUGAUGAGCUCUAGUAUUACAGAGGAACUUUUUUUUACUGGUCUCAUCGGAAAUGUUCCGAUUGACAGCAUAAUCCCAUACAUCCUCAAAAUGGAAACAGCAGAGUAUAAUGGUCAAAUAACUGGCACAUCUGCAUAGUGGGAACAAUGCACCUUGGUGGAUCAAAGUAAUUUUAGUAAAACAAGUAACUACACAAUUGAGAGAUAAGUUUUAAAAAAAAAAGACAUUUUGGUAUGUAAAAAUAUUUCCAACAUGUUACCAGUUUCCUACCAGACUGCUCCUUGUCUAUUUAUUUCCAGUGACAAAGUAUAAAAAGCUAUUAAAACACCUCCGACUAGGACCCUUUUCUGCCAUAAGGAGUGUUUUGAUGCCUUUCAUUCAAAAGGCUGUGGAUUACUGAACAUACUUUUAACAUGCUUUGUAUUUAGAAAUUAUCAAUGGGCAAAAAUAGAGUUUUAUAAUGUCAGAGAUUAGUAUUAAAAAUUGCUAAAAGAAGAACAGUAUGUACAUAUUUAAAUUUUUCCUUGGAAUUAAUAUCUAAUAAUUACCAGGAUAUAAUGAUGAUAGCACUUUCUAAGCACUUCUUGUCAAAGCGAUAAUGUCAUCAACAUUUUACUUAUGAGCAGGGCAAAUGGAAAAUUGCAUAUGUUUUUGGUCAAAUUGCUAGUGAUUUCUGUGAAGGCUAUAGGGGACAAUCAUUUAUACUACAUAAUAUUGCUAUUAAUAAUGUUAUGUAUUUAAUGGUAAAGUGGAAAUUUAAAGCAAAUUUCUACACUGUUAGCACUAAGCUCUGCUAAAUUAGUGAAAAUGAGGUUUAUUUGACAUAAGUAUAAUGACUAUAGUAUAAUUAGCAACAUUAAUAAAUGCUACAGAAAUUGCCCAAAUUGGAAGGCAGAAUACCAAUUUUUUGCCAUAGUAAUAAUGAAACUUUCAGACUCCUUAAAAUUUCAAUUUCAGCCUGGCAUAGAUGUUUACACAGUCGUGAUAGACGUUAUUCCAACAGGACAACUUUUGGUUGUGGCGGAAAUCAGUCAUUAACUGGCAGGGAAGCAAUCCUUCCAACUAGAGUCAUGCACUCCUAGUCUCUGUGUAUACUUUUUAUACUUCCAAAUUCAUUCCUUCUGUCUGCAGCCCUAAAUGACCCUCACCAUCCUAGGAGCCAAAGGGGAUGAUUGUGACUUCGUUAGAGCCCAUAACGCUGCUGUCAGAUAACGGAUAAGUGCAGAACAUGAGGUUCUCUUCCUUCCCCAGGGACUGAGCAUCCUGUCUUUGCAGUGCUCCCUAUCCCGUUCUGAUGCAGUUCUAAAUUGGAGCAUCGGCUGGGUUUUUUAUAUUCAUUCAUGUGCAGUUACAGUUAAUGACCGAUUGUUUGGAGUUAGAAUACUAGCUAUCUUUGUUUUUAUCUUGGGUAGUAACCUAUCAAGUCAUUUUCUAGGAUUCACCUGUUCCUGCUAAUAUUGCAUUUAUUUUAGUAUAAUUUAUUAAUAUUAACACUGAAUAUUUUAAACAAUCAAAAUUCAUAAAAAAGCAUUUUGUCAGAAGAGUUAUAGCUACAUUAAGCUGAUUCUUGCUUAUUACAUACAUUAAUUAAUUACUUUAAUGAAUUUACAUGGCAGUGUCAUUUUCUAGUUGCAUACUUGUGACAAAAAUAUAAAUAAUGAGUUCAGCACUUUUUUGUUUCUGGUAUUAGCAUUGAUUUAGAAACAUUCCAACAGGGUUGGUUUUUGUCUCUUAAGGGUCUGAGCUAUAGCCAAAGGAUUUUGAGCAACUCCUUGCUACUGUAUUAGUAAGUCCAUUCUUGGUACAAUUCAUCCUUAUAGUAAGACUCUCAUUUGUAACACUCAUUCUGACAAAUAAGGCUGUGUAAUUUUAGCUCCUAGGUACAUUAAACUCAAUUACAAUCUCCAUCUUUUUAAAGUUCAGAAAUCUUGGUUCUCAAUAAGAAUGGUAUAGACAGAGUGCAGUGUAAAGGCAGACAUCUGAGGUCUUGCACCAUCUUCUUCCUAGGGUUUUAUUAUAGUAAAUGAAGUUUGUCAUUUCUUUAAAAGUGACAAAAGCCCCUCUAUUCUGAACAUCCUUAGGCCAACUGGAAUGCAGACCUAAGCCUUAGCCGUUAUAUUAUAGUUAUAUAUAUUAUAGUAUACUUGUAGGGUUGUGUCAGCACUUCUGAUAUAAAACCCCUAUUUUAAGGGUUUACUUCUUGGCCUUAGAAAUUAGUAGUAGCCUGAAUUUUAACAUACAAGGUACUUGCCUUGGAAACAGAAUUUCAAAGAAAAGUUGUGGCCAUUUUUGUGCAAAAGUGAAUGUUAGAGGUUUACUGUUUUGAUUGUUUAAAAAUAUAGCGUGCACAUUGAACUGUUUUUUCUGGGGGGCUAUGGCAAAAGAUUAGCAGGUGAUAUAAUUUAAUCACUUGUAAUGUGUAGUAAAAAUCAUUCAAACAGUCAAGUAAGCAUUUUUAGAGGAGUGUGAAAUAUUCAUAAACAAAAAGUAUACUAAACCACUGGAAAUCAAUGUUUUUCCAAAUUUUAUUAUAAACUGAGACCAUUUUCCAUGAAAAAUGUUGUUGGACAUGUACAUUUCUCUAGUAAAGGGUCUCAUUUGCUGGUAAAGAUGAGCCCAUGUUUGAGUAAAAAUGGCUUCUCUGUUGAAAACGUGCAAAAAAAGUUUAUUUUUUUCAUUGUGAAAAUAGCCAUUUUGAAAAAGGUAACCCACAUAAAACUAAGCUGUGGAGCAAAAUCACAUGAAACUGCUAAAAUUUAUGCAUUAAAUUUUAUAAAUAAAAAACGAUGAAUUUUGCACAGCACUGUUAACAUGUAUAGAAUGCAUCCUACAAACAUAGGACUAUACUGUUUGUACCUUAUUCUGCAAGUAGUCUCAUGGACUUCAGGAAGACUUUAUGUAGAGUAAAACGCUACUCAGUGUGAGUAUGGGUAUUGCAAUCGAGCCCAUACUUAGGAUUUAUUUUUAAAAAGUGUAAAUGUACUUAAUGGAUAGAGUGAAGCAGUUCCAUAAUUACACUUUUAUUUUAAAACCCUCAAAUUACUACCUUUAAACUAUGAAAACUCUGUUUGUGUAGCAUCAUUGGCAUGGUUUGUCAGAGCUCAGCUAACGUAGUCCCCAUGUAAUUAAUAAAAAGGAAUGUUUUCUGUGAUCAUAUGUUGUUUUGAUCUAACACAAACAGUUUAGAUGGUAGAAAUUUGUACAGCAGCUGGUGGAUCCCAGAGCUUAGGAGAUAUUUAGGGUCUCAGCUAUUUGAACACAAGUUACAGAUAAUAGAAUACGUAUGGAUAAUAAGCUUCAUGCUUCUUUUUCACAUGCUGCUCUAGAGCUACCAUUAACACUGAGCCAAGGAAUUGGUAUGCUGCAGAGAGAGAGAUGCUGUAAAAGAGACACUUAAAAUAUUAUUGCCCUAUUAAAAAUGGGGGCCAAACUCCAUUGUGGUGUGGCUUUUUUUCACCAAACACUAAGAUAAUCUAGCUGUGAAGCCAUCUUAACUGGAUCCAGAAGGACCAUCCUAAUAUAAGGCUGAUCUACCAGAGGGAUGGAGCUGAUUUAGGGGUUCUUGUGCUGUUCCAGCCACCUGUGGCUGGGAUAGCAAGGGAAAAAGGCAUGGCUGGGGAAAAUGGGAGAUGACCAAGUUGCUCCUGCAUUAUGCUAAUCAUUGGUCGUAUUUUCAGUUCCUUAUGGCCAUUGAAACUCACAUGCUGUUUUAACAUAGCAUGAGGGGAAUGGCCUGCACACAGCAGCUCCCAAGAUCAUAGGCGUGCUUUCAGUCAUCUUUGCACACCAUUGACCAACACUCUUCACAGUUUGGCUGCCACAUGGGACCUGAUUCCAUAUGUUCAAAUAGUAAUUUCCUUGCCUAUGUUACUAAUAAUGCAUUUGAUUAUUAAAACUGAAAGAGUAUUGCAAGUGUAAAUUAUUUUCUGCCACUUAUUGGCUUUUUUAUGUACUCUUUCCAUUUCUUAAGGAUUGGGUAAUGAGAAUAGACUAGUCUGGUUCCCUUUGGUUUCUAGUCAGUUUCACUUAAAAUUUCUCCUCUCUAAGCACAAGACUGCACUUUUGUAUUGUAAAUAUAGAUUGGGAAUAUUUGUGUUUGUUUUUCUUUUGAAAUAUCAACAACAGAAUUAUUGGAAAUAUUUGUGUUGGUCUUAAAUUUGGUAAAAACUUACUUUUACAAACCUAAUUGUGUGGCCAGAUUUGACCUGACAAAACUAGGAGCCAAAGUACCAUAGCCUGAUAGUGAUUGUAGAAAACCUUGGAUCCAAGUAAAGUUCCUGCUACUGCCUCAGAAUUAACGCUUCUUCAAAACCUGAUAAAGUUUCAUUGUCCUACUUUUAAAAGUAAAGAGUUUUUAACUCAGUAGAAGUGUCAUGGUGAAUCGAGCUUGACCAUCCGUAUAUAGCAGUAAGAUUUAGUUCAUACAAAAACUGGAAUUCUGUGUUGGCUGAAAUUGUUUGGAAUGCAGUGAGUGAUAAUAACUCCCAAGUCUGUUGACCAUCAGAGUAUGCUGUGAGGCCUGUCUGUUUUCCCAUUCUUUUGAGAAAGAUGUGAGUUUGGAAUUUGUAUGUGGAUAUAAAGGAAUGCUUAUUGAUAGUUAUGAAGGGUUAAUUUGGGUAAGCAACAUUUGGGCUAUUUUUAUAAGAUUUGUAAUUGUUUUUACUGUAUAUGUACCUAAAACAAGCAGCCAUAUUUAAAAAAUCUAAAUAAAAGUAAUUCUCCUUAGUCACACUGACUUGUCAAACAGCAAUCAGAAUUAAGAUUAAAUUAUUUUCCUUUCACUUCCAUUAUUUGUAAAUUAGAAAUCAUCCUUGGAAGCCAAUGGUGUUACUUUUAUGUAAAACUGGUGGACGGGAAAGGAGAAUCAGAUCGCAAAUUUUUAGGUGGGUCACACAGACCCAGAUUUUGACUCAUCUUAAAACUGUUAGAAUAUAGACAAUGUUUAGAUUAUAAAGGCCCCAUGCAGCAGAAAACUGACUGCUGGCCAAUGGAAGUUUUGGCUGGCUGUAGUCAAAGAUGGCAAGACUCAUCAUUGACCUACAGCCCCCUUGCACUGUAAUUCCUGACACAAAUCGGCUGUAGGACAGGAAUAAAGUCCACUAAUGAAUAGCAUUGGCUCGAUGGGGCUUCUAUGCCAGGAAUCGAGCGGGGUUUGCUCUGCCCCCCAUAGAAGUCUUUGGCACAGGGUGUGUUCUGGGGUAUAUUGGGGUAGGAGGAGGCAUGGCCAGCGCAUUCCUUUGCCCUGAUGAUUUCCCAAUGUUGCAAAACCCAUAAGGGUCCUAAACUGCACAAGGGACUAACCAAUCUCUAGCAUGUCCUUAUUAUGAGAUGUUUUUUCCUAUGGUAGAGGUUGUGUAACGCUGAAAACUGCACUCUUUUUGUUGCCAUGUGUAUGGAAUGGGGUUGUUGAAAUGAUUCUGGGAAACACUGAACAUUUUUAGAAUAUUCUCCCACCUCAACCUCCAUAUGGGUAGGAGUGGUGAUUUUAGGAUCUUUCCCUGACUGACUAACAUUUUUAAUCAGCGAAGAAUUUUAAAAGCACUACCCUAGUUUAAAGAACUGAUUGACGGUGCCACUGUGAAUGGAUUUCAGCCUGGCUAAAGAUUCACUUAUAGCAAGUGGAGAUCAGGAAAGCCCUUCUGCAAUAGCAACAGGGAUGGGGCACCCAAUCCAUAUCAGACAAUGCAGGAGUUAACAUUGGUAUGUAUACACACAAACACUUCAAGCAAACCUUUUAACACACUAGAUUAUCAGAACUGUGCUGACAUCACUGCCAUUCUCAAUUACAUUUAAGGCACCACUGACAUAAACAAGAAAUUAACAGAUAUCAUAAUUUCCACUCAUGGCAUCAGAUGCUCACUGCUGGUAUUGUGGGAUGUCUGUACAUACACAGGGAGACAGCUAAAUACAUGCCAAAACAAUACUGCUCCAAAGCUUAAAAUGCAGAUUUAUCAGCAAGUACUUGCAGGUUCAAAUCUCCCUAUAGGCAAAGGAUUUUCUUUUUAAUUUUGUUUUAUUUUCCUUAGUUUGAUUUGACAUUUCUCUUUUCUCUUUCAGUCCUUAUCUGGAAAAUAAAAAAAAAGGGUGUGUGGGUGUAUUUUUCCUUCCUCCUCUCACCCCUGAAAAAGCAGAGAGAUGGGAAGAAAAGCAACAAGUAGCCUCAGGUACAUCUCAGAAUUUAGUUCCAGGAGUGCACCAGACCCACCUGAUAGCAGCAGCGCUGCAACUAUCAUGGUUGGCUCCCUGUGUAAGCAUAGACUUACUAUGAUAGUAGCAGAGAACAUCUGCUGUCACAAUACAUCUUUGUACACAGGUAGAGCCAGCAAAAGAAGCUAUGUUGGCUUCUACUUUAUACAAAACAGAGGAUGGGGGAGGUCAGAGUUACCAGAUACAGAAAGAUAAACUGAGUAAUAAUAGAAAUAUUACUUUCAAAUUUGCAAGAGGCCUUAUAAAGAGCGAGGAGUGAAAAAUCAAAAACUAUUUUAAAAAUGUGUUUGACAUUCCCCAUUUAAUUCUGAAGUUGCUGUGUCAAUUGAAAAGUAUAUUUUAUAGGACUGUCAAGCCCCUUAGAAAUAAGACUACGCUUAUUGUUUUACUAAGGAUGCCCUAAUUCCCCUUUUUAGCCUGUGUGAUAUAAACCUACCUUAAUGGUUAUCAGUAUUAAAUGUGAAAUUAUUUUGCAAACAUUUAAAAUGUUAAUCUUAUGAAGAUGGAAGUUAAAAUUAAAUACACAUACAAAAUUUUUAAAAAGUCAAAUAUAUUGGAAUUGAAAAGCGCUAUCGUCUAUAAUUUCCUUAUUGUAGGGCUUUCUGUUUGUUGUGAAAUCUGUACUGUAUUUAUCAUGGGAAAUAUCCAUGUCAGUAUAUCACAGUGUUCCAUAUUUCCCAAUGUCUAAUUUAUUAUUUGGAUUAUGUGAGGGCUUUGAAAAUGGAUUACUAGAUCUUUAAAUUCAUGCUUUUCCUCCCCCAUCUUUUUUUUUAAUAUCGUUUUUUUAUAUAUUUGUUUGUGCCUUCUAUCAUUGUAUAUUUCUGCAUGUUUAGUAAUAGAGCUCACUCGUGUAGCUAAUGCAUAUGUACAUAGUUGUAUGUAUGUGUGUAUGAAUGUGUUUAUAUCUAUCUCCGUGUAGUAUAUUAUGUACAGUGUA